AUGUGGAAGUUGAAGAUAGCAGAAGGUGGAGAAAGGUUGAUUUCAGGGAACAAUUUCAUUGGACGUCAACACUGGGAAUUCGAUCCAAAUGCUGGAACUCAACAAGAACGUGAUGAGAUUGAAAGGUUGCGCUAUGAAUUCACCAAAAACCGAUUUUCCACCAAAGUUAGUUCUGACCUCUUUAUGAGAAUGCAGCUCACAAAGGAGAAUAAAUGUUGCCCCAUUCCACCAGCUGUGAAACUGAGAGACGUAGAUAACAUAACAGAGGAGGCAUUGAUUACUACAAUAAGAAGAGCAAUUAGUUUCUCUUCCUCAAUUCAAGCUCAUGAUGGGCACUGGCCUGCGGAAUGUGCUGGUUCAUUGCUUUCGAUUCAACCAUUUGUAAUGAUUCUCUAUAUCACUGGAUCCCUUGAUGAGGUUUUAGGUCCCGAACAUAAGAAGGAAAUUGUUCGAUACUUGUAUAAUCAUCAGAAUGAAGAUGGUGGGUGGGGACUGCAUAUAGAGGGUCCUAGCACAAUGUUUGGUUCUGCAUUUAGCUAUAUUGCAUUGAGGAUACUUGGAGAAAGGCCUGAAGAUGGUGAGAACAUGGCAAUGGACAGAGGUAGAAGAUGGAUCCUCGACCACGGUGGUCUCGUAGCUAUUCCAUCAUCGGGAAAAUUUUUCGUCUCGGUACUUGGAGUUUAUGAGUGGUCAGGCUGCAUGCCAUUUCCUCCAGAGUUUUGGUUAAUGCCGAAAUUCAGCCUUUUUCAUCCAGGCAAAAUGUUGGGUUACUCUCGGUUGAUUUACAUGAACAUGUCAUAUUUGUAUGGAAAGAAAUUUGUGGGCGCAAUCAAUAGCCUAAUUAAAUCACUGAGAGAAGAGUUGUACAACGAGCCUUAUGAUCAAAUCAACUGGAAUAAAGCCCGGAAUACUGUUGCCAAGGAAGAUAUGCACUUCCCACGUCUUUUAAUCCAAGAUAUGUUAUUUGGUCUGCUACAUCACGUGGGAGAGCGUUUCCUAAAUUGUUGGCCUUUUUCUAAGAUAAGACAAAUGGCAAUAGAAGCUGCUAUUAAUCAGAUACGUUAUGAGAACGAGAACAGUAAAUACCUUUGCUAUGGAAUCGCAGAUAAGGUGUUCGGUUUGCUAUCACGUUGGGUUGAUGAUCCAAACUCAAAGGCAUACAAACUUCAUUUAGCCCGUAUCCCUGAUUACCUUUGGGUCGCAGAAGAUGGCUUGAAAGUGAAGGUAUUUGGUAGCCAGAGUUGGGAUGCAGCAUUUGCUAUACAAGCAAUAGUUGGUUGUAACGUGAGUGAGGAUUAUGGUCCUACACUUAAGAAAGCACAUCACUUUCUUAAGUCUUCACAGGUAGUUGAAAACCCAUCAGGUGAUUUUAGGGCAAUGUACAGACACAUUAGCAAAGGAGCAUGGACAUUCUCAAUACAAGAUGAAGGUUGGCAAGUUUCCGACUGCACUGCAGAAGCACUCAAGGCCACACUCCUAUUGUCACAAAUGCCUACUGCUCUCGUUGGAGAAAAAAUGGAAACAGAGCGAUUCUAUGAUGCUGUUAAUGUGAUCCUCUCUCUACAAAGCAAUAUUGGUGGGUUCACUGGUUGGGGUCCUCAAAAUACGCAUCGUUGGUUUGAGAAAAUCAAUCCAAGUGAAGUCUUUGAAGGCGGCCUGGUUGAGAUUGAGUAUGUUGAAUGCACUGGAUCCGCAAUCUCAGCUCUAGGUCUCUUCAAAAAACUAUACCCUAACCAUAGAACAAAGGAAAUAAGUAACUGCAUCGCGAAAGGAAUCUGUUACAUUGAAAACACACAAAAUCUUGAUGGCUCAUGGUAUGGAUCUUGGGGAAUUUGCUACACGUACGCUACUUGGUUUGCUGUGAAAGGACUAAUAGCUUCUGGAAAGAACUACAAUAACUGUCCAUCAUUACGAAAAGCUUGUCAAUUUCUGUUGUCAAAGCAGCUUUCUAAUGGUGGGUGGGGGGAGAGUUACUUGUCAUGUCAAAACAAGGUUUAUACAAACCUAGCACAUGACCGUGCAAAUUUAGUUCAAACUUCGUGGGCUUUGCUAUCCCUUAUAGGUGCAGGGCAGGCUGAAAUAGAUCCUACACCAAUACAUCGUGGAAUGAAGUUGCUAAUCAAUUCACAAAUGGAAGAUGGAGACUUCCCACAGCAGGAAACAACUGGAGUAUUUAUGAGGAAUUGUGCCAAUAACUACUCAGCAUAUCGAAACUUCUAUCCCAUAUGGGCAAUGGGAGAGUAUCGUCGCCAAAUGUCAUAACUUGACUUUGUUUAUGAGCAUGGUGUUCUAUUUGUUAUGUUUAAGCCCUAACAAGUAACUUAGUAAUCUCUUUUUAUGAGUUGUAUUUGCUGGUAUUGUAUCAUUGUUUAUUUUAUUAUCAUUGAAGUUU